CAUUCGAGAACCUCUCUCGGCAUCCCAGAAGUCUCUAGUCGCGCAUUUCAUUUGCUAUAAGCCCUUCUCCCUUCCUUCCCAAAUUCCACAUCGAUUCCUUUCUUCUCCUAAACCCUAACUCACAUGGCCGACGAAGCCAAAGCCAAGGGCAACGCAGCCUUCUCCUCCGGCGACUACGCCGCCGCCAUCCGCCACUUCUCCGACGCCAUCGCCUUGGCCCCCACCAACCACGUCCUCUACUCCAACCGAUCCGCCGCACACGCCUCCCUCCAAAACUACGCCGAUGCCUUAGCCGACGCCAAGAAGACGGUCGAACUCAAGCCCGACUGGUCCAAGGGCUACAGCCGACUUGGCGCCGCGCAUCUUGGGCUGGCCCAGUACGACGACGCCGUCUCGGCCUACAAAAAGGGCCUCGAAAUUGACCCCGCCAACGAGCCCCUUAAGGCGGGCCUGGCCGAUGCGCAGAAGGCCAAGUCGGCGGCCUCAAGGCCCCGCUCUUCGGCUACUAACCCCUUCGGCGACGCCUUCUCUGGGCCUGAGAUGUGGGCCAGGCUCACCGCCGACCCCACCACUAGGGCCUAUCUCCAACAGCCCGAUUUCGUCCAGAUGAUGCAGGAUAUCCAGAAGGAUCCUAAUAACCUAAACUUGCACUUGAAGGACCAGAGAGUCAUGCAAGCCAUUGGAGUUUUGCUCAACGUUAAGAUUCAAACCCCUCCCACGGGCGACACCGAUAUGCCCGAUUCUCCGACGCCGCCGCCCUCCGAGAGGAAGAGAGCCGCCGAGGCUGAGCCCACCAAGCAACCCGAGCCUGAGCCCGAGCCCGAGCCCAUGGAACUGACGGAGGAUGAGAGGAGCGCGAAGCAGAGGAAGGCUGAGGCUCAGAAGGAAAAGGAGGCGGGGAAUGCAGCUUACAAGAAGAAGGAUUUUGAAACCGCCAUUCAACAUUACACGACAGCUUUGGAGUUGGAUGAUGAGGAUAUUUCGUAUCUCACUAACCGCGCUGCUGUCUACUUGGAAAUGGGGAAGUAUGAGGAAUGUAUAAAAGAUUGUGACAAGGCUGUCGAAAGAGGAAGAGAGCUAAGAUCAGAUUAUAAGAUGAUAGCUAGAGCAUUGACAAGGAAAGGAACUGCCUUGGUGAAAAUGGCAAAGAUUUCGAAGGAUUAUGAGCCUGCCAUUGAGACUUUCCAGAAAGCACUCACUGAGCACCGCAACCCUGACACUUUGAAGAAACUUAACGAAGCUGAGAAGGCAAAGAAGGAACUAGAACAACAAGAAUAUUUUGAUCCAAAGUUGGCUGACGAGGAAAGAGAGAAAGGAAACGAAUUCUUUAAGCAGCAAAAGUAUCCUGAGGCUGUGAAGCAUUACACAGAGUCUUUACGAAGAAAUCCGAAAGAUCCUAGGGCUUAUAGUAACAGAGCAGCAUGCUACACUAAAUUGGGAGCAAUGCCUGAAGGUUUAAAGGAUGCGGAGAAGUGCAUUGAACUUGAUCCAACCUUCGUAAAGGGUUAUACCAGGAAAGGUGCAGUUCAGUAUUUCAUGAAGGAAUAUGACAAGGCUUUGGAAACAUAUAGGGAGGGGUUGAAACUUGAUCCUAACAACCAGGAGUUGCUUGAAGGCAUUAGAACAUGUAUACAACAAAUCAAUAAGGCUAGCCGUGGAGACUUAAGUCCCGAGGAAUUGAAAGAGAGACAGGCGAAGGCAAUGCAGGAUCCAGAAAUUCAGAACAUCCUCCAAGACCCUGUUAUGAGACAGGUGUUGAUCGAUUUCCAGGAAAAUCCCAAGGCUGCACAGGAACACACGAAGAAUCCAAUGGUGAUGAACAAGAUCCAAAAGCUGGUCAGUGCUGGAAUUGUCCAGAUGAGGUAAAUUUAUGGAAGGUGGCGCCGUUCGUGUGAAAAAGCAAUCCACAAUUAUUAUGUCUUUCUGUGUGACCUUGACAUUUAAUAGGUUUGAUUGGGAAAAAGUGGGAAAUUUUGAGUUGUUUUUACUUUUGUUUUGUUUUAGUGAAUCUUAUAUUUUACGAGUAUCAAGUGCAGUCCUUUUUCUACAUUUCAUUGGCUUCUCGUGCGUGAUAUGGGCAUAUGGCUCACUUUUAAUCAUAUUAGCGAUUAUGAUGUGGAGGUUCA